AUGGCUAGUGACGACGAAUCUAGUACAUCAGAAUUGAAGGAAAAAGUGCAAUUAGGCCUUCCAGAUCGUUGGCUCUAUUGUCCAUCGUUGGGUUGCGUUAUUGCGAAGCAUUUCUUGCCUUUCAAAACCCCUUUGUGCAAGCUCUAUGAUGAAAAAAUAGAAAAAAAGUAUCAGUUCCAUCCUCGCGACGUUUUUUCAUACAAGUUGCAAGGCGCUGAACCGGGUGCUAGAAUAGGAUUAUGGAUCGACCUUACCAAAACAGAUCGAUAUUAUAGUAAGAAAGAGAUUGAAAAACGAAAUUGUUUAUAUAAGAAAUUACCAAUGAAAGGUCAUGGUGAAACACCAUCUAUUGCUGAUACCGAAAAUUUUUGUCGAAUUGUGCGUUCGUUUCUCCAUACCAGUCCGAAGGAUAUAGUAGCGGUGCAUUGUACUCAUGGAUUCAAUCGAACAGGCUUCUUGAUAGCUGCUUAUCUUGCCAGUGCAAUGGAUUGGGCAAUUGACGCUGCUAUAUAUACGUUUGCACAAAUGAGGCCAAAUGGUAUUUAUAAACAGUUCUAUUUGGAUGAACUUAUGAGGAGAUACGGAGAUGAAGAUGACAAAAUAGAGGCACCACCUCGACCUGCUUGGGAAAGUGGUCCUGUUUAUGAUGACAAAAUGUUAUUUGACGAUAAAGAUGCUAUCGUAGCUGAUGUCAAGAAUGCUGAUGAUUCCUCCGCAGUCGUACCCAAAUUCAUGGAUGGGGCAGUACCUAGCGUCAAAUACGUAUCAGAUCCGAUGAUGAAUACCAUUUUGCAAACUAAGAUUCGAACCAUGUGCAAUUAUAAAAAAGACGGGUUUCCCGGGAGUCAACCGGUAUCUAUGGAGAAAUCUCCUGAAAGGGAUAAUAUGCGUUUUCUAUUAGAAAAUCAGUAUAUGGUAUCUUGGAAAGCAGAUGGAAUGAGGUAUAUGGUACUCAUCGAUGAUGAAAAUUCUAUAUUUGCGUUUGAUCGAGACAAUCGCGUUUUUAAAAUUUGCGAUGUCACAUUUCCACAUAGAAAAGAAAAUAGGCAUAUUCAAAAUACAUUAAUUGAUUGUGAAAUGAUAAUCGAAAAGGUGAAAGAUGAAUUUGGCAAUGUGAAUGAUGUUCCACGACUACUUAUUUACGAUAUCAUUAAAUUUGAGGGACAGAACGUUGGUGAUUGUGAUUUCAGAACACGUUUAUUGUGUAUUCGUAAAGAACUUAUUGGACCUCGUAUCGAAGCGAUAAAAAAUGGCCGUAUUAAGAGGGAAAGAGAACCAAUAAGUAUACGUAUGAAGGACUUUUGGGAGUUAGAAGCCGUAAAAAAGCUCUUUGAUGAAAAGUUUACAAGAAAUGUUGGACAUGAAAUUGAUGGCUUGAUUUUUCAACCAGUUACAGAAGUAUGUCUAUUUCUUGUUUGAAG